UGUAGAAUGUUGUUACAGUCCUGCUUUGCAGCAGUUGACUGCGACCAUUCCAGUCCAACAGAUUUUUCUCGAAACGCUAUAUAAGAGACAGCGUGGUGUGCACGUUGUUUGUAACUUCCAAAGGUGUACCGUUGGCGAAACUACCUGUACUUGCUUCUUGUGCGCCCGAGUUGGUCCAAACUUCUUAUCCCACCGGCACCAUGCCGCUCUUUCAACUGAGCACCAACAUCUCUAAAUCUGAUUUCCCAGAACAUUUCCAUGAGGACUUGACCCAGAUGCUUGGGCAACUGCUGAAAAAGAACCCCGAACAUAUUACGAUAUGCGUUAGCGCCGACCAGUUUCUAACGUGUGGCGGCACAGCCGAAGCUUGCGCUUUCGGCAAUCUGGCGUCCGUUGGAAGCUUUUAUGGAAAGAACAACGAUGGCUAUGUCAGAGCUGUGUUCGAAUUUAUAAAGGAAAAGUUGGGAAUCGAGAGCAAACGGUUUACCCUGUUUCUCAGCGAUUAUCCACCAAACGAUGUGGGAUUUAACGGCAUGACAAUUGAUAGCUUCAGACGGUCUCUUCCCGCACCCGGUGGCUAACUGGUAUCGUGGCCUUAGCCGCCUUUGCUGUUUGUAACAUGUUGCUAAACAUUGUCCUGUCGAUGUGAGCAUUGGCAUGGUUCUAUUACAUUCCACAUUUUACCUGCUUAUACUGCGGUUUGCUGCUCCGACUUCAGACAUAGUGGUUACUCUGUCAGGCACAAGCGAUGGGGAAGCCGAAUACCGAGGACAAUAAGGAAUGCGGCUUUUGAAGUACAGUAGUUCAAUAGUUUAUUCGUAGUAGUAAUUAUUGUUAAACGAGAGCCUUUCUGUGAUUUGCUUUGCCUUUUGAACUUUGCUGUGCAAAGACACUUUGGCCAGUGUUUGUAUCAAACACUAGAAAACUUGAAAAAUAAUUUCUAUAGAAGCAGUGACAAUAAUUACUUGGUGUCGGUGCUUAGGCAUUUCAGCUGGCUGUGUGUCCAGGACUAUGGGUUAUAAUUAUAUGUGCAGAAUGCUUCUUGCCGUUAGUUUC